GAGAUUUAACAACAAAAAAGCUGCUAAGUUAGCUUACAUAACAUCAUUAUCUCAAUUUCUAAAUAUUCCUUUCCGUAAUUAAGUUAGUCUCUUGUUUACUCAUGUCGCAAUGUGUCUCAACUUCUCCUAUCUCCGAAGCUUUCAUCUAUCUCUCUCUAUAUAUUCCCAUUAUGUAUAUAUUGAAUCUAAUCUUUCCCAAAAUCUCCGAUCGUAGACGUAGAUGUCUUCCUUGAUUAUGAAAAGUCUCGGGUCCAUUGUCUCUAUCAUUACAAGAAUUUUCUCCUUUCGACGCGGUCGUUAUGUGUCUAAUCCAAGAACCACAACACAUAUAAGCUACUUCAGGAUGUCUAGGAAACGUCCACUCUCUUUGCAGACGGUUGAGCUCAAGGUCAGAAUGUGUUGCACCGGUUGCGUCAAGAUCGUUAGGAACGCAAUCUCCAAACUCCGAGUGGAGGUGGAUAGAGAGUUGGGAAGAGUAAGAGUGGUGGGUUACGUUGACAGAAACAAAGUGCUCAAAGCCGUGAGGCGAGCCGGGAAGAGAGCUGAGUUUUGGCCAUACCCUGAGCCUCCACUUUACUUCACAUCUACUCAAAACUACUUCGUAGAUCCUUCUAAAGAGUUUAAAGAGAGCUAUAACUAUUAUAGGCAUGGCUACAAUGGUACGGAACAACAUGGUAAUAUUCCCGUAGGUUCUCGUGGAGACGAUAGGGUUAGUAAUAUGUUCAAUGACGAUAACGUUAAUGCAUGCCGUCUCAUGUAACUACAUGCAUAACGACUUGAAACUUGGGAAAAAGUAAAUUAUAAUUAUAUGAUACUUCACUUUAAAAAAAUAAAACUAAGAGAAGUCCGACGUUCUCUGCUUGUAAAUAGGAAAUGUCAUUUUAUAUAUUAUGGUUAAAAAUAUAA